GACGUUGCUAGGUUGCCAAGUCCCGCCUACCGCGGCUGGUUGGGUGGGUAAAUCGCCGUGGCCGCUGCUUGUGCCGGGCCCGCUCGCCAGGGGGCGGAGAUCGGGGGCUGCCCGGCCGGGCCCCGUCUGCCCUGCGCGGAAGCUUAGUGAAAACAACAAUGGAGCGAUUUGGAGUGAAAGCUACUCCUUCCCAUAGCCGUUCAAAGACAGCUUUGUAUGUGACCCCUCAGGAUCGUGUAACCGAGUUUGGGAGUGAACUGCAUGAAGAUGGAGGGAAAUUGUUCUGUACUUCCUGCAAUAUGGUCCUGAAUCACGUUCGCAAAUCUGCAAUCAAUGACCAUCUCAAGUCUAAAACUCAUACAAAGCGGAAGGCAGAGUUUGAAGAGCAGAGUGUCAGAAAGAAGCCGAGGACUCUGACAGCUUCUCUCCAAUGCAACAGUUCUGCUCAGACAGAGAAAAUCAGUGUCAUCCAGGACUUUGUGAAGAUGUGCUUGGAAGCUAACAUCCCACUUGAGAAAGCUGACCAUCCAUCGGUGCGAGCUUUCCUGUCUCGCCACGUGAAGAAUGGUAGUUCCAUUCCGCAGUCAGAUCAGCUAAGGAAAACGUACCUUCCUGAUGGUUAUGAGAAUGAGAACCAGCUCCUCGGUACGGAAGGCUGUUAAGAAGAUGACUAUUUUGGGGAUGGAGUAUUAAAGUUACAUAUUGAUGGUGUGGUUUAUUUUUAUAUUCAUGCAUACACAGUGUUAUAUAUUGGUUUUACAGUUUAUUUUGUAUUACUGUAGAAAUGACAAUCUAUCACCAAAAUUAAUGAUGGGCCACAGACUCUUGAUAACCCUACUGUAGAGUUUAUAUCCACUGUGAUUCAGAACUCAUUUUCAAGAUUGGGAACAUCUAUGUAAAGACCAACCAUAACUGUGACAUUAACAAACACUCACCUGUGCAUGGAGGACUUUCCAUGCCAACUCAGUCACCAACAUGACAUCUUCAUUACACAAGAAAGGACCAAACAGUAGGAAUUACUUUACUACAUCAGACCUAUUGACCAUCUUUGUUCAGUAUUCUGCCUCUGUCAAUGACCAGGAAUAAGUCCUGUACUGUUAGCAUGCAAAAAGUCGUAUAAUGGCCAAUUACAUAGUAACCUGCCCACAGAAGCAAUUCUAACUGCUGGUAGAGGUUGACUUAUGCCUUGCAUCAUGGGGACUUACAUCCUUUUUAAAAACUCUUUUAUCCUAUUUAAUGUAACUCUGGAUGUUCUCGUCUACCUAAUUAUGGCUUCACUUUUCUCUUAAAGCAAGGAGUUCAAUAGGUUUGUUACGCAUUGCAUAAAAGAAAAAACAGUUUCCAAUCUCAGUUUUAAAUUUACUGUCUUGCAGUUUCAGUGCGUCUCCUUAUAAUAAGCUGACAGACUAGUGUCUUUGUGCAAGGUGCCUUGUGCAGCUCCUGGCCUGUGAAACACAUGUCUGGUCACAGUCCCUAAUAAUAUAGUUUGCUGUGUGUUUUCCUAGCAUGACGGCAGAAGCAGAACAUCAUCUUUUCAAUCUGUUAGCUAUAAACGAGAACUCCGUUGGAACUGAUCAGGACACGGGAGUAGCAGUUCAAGAGUCCUAUUUGAGUAUGGGGUCACUUAAGCUCUUGCACUCAUAUCCUUUUCCUGAGUCUUGUGCUUGUCACAGACUAAGAGACCUAACUGUGUUUUUAAAACAGUUCAUGUUGAUGCCAAAUAGCUCAUGUAGCUAUGAGGUACCAAAAAGGAUGCAACAGUAGAAUAAGCGUUAUCUGGGUUACAGUUCCUUUUCCAAGCCAGUGCCAUAUUCACUGGAUCAUUAAAAAAGUGACUUACUGUAUGUCAGUAAUGUGUGUCUCUUUCUCUAAAUUGUGUAAUUCUCAACCCUUUUCACAUCUUUUUUGGGGGGUUGAGUGUUAUGCCUAAAUUAAGUAUGGUGGUAGCCCACUAAAUUUUAGUGUCCAAGAAAACUCUUGGGUGAGGAGAGAGGAUAUUGUGCAGAGGCAAGUAACACAACUGCCUUUUCUGCCUGCCUCCUCUGGGCUGUGAUUCUGUGAGGUGCUGAGCAUCUCCUAGGCAGUGCAGCAUGCCCUCCACUCACCAUAAGUGUGCUGUCUCUCGGGUUUAGCUCCUCCUGUUUUGCUGCUUUUUCCCUUUCUUGGUUUUCACUAACUAUAUUUCUCAUUUUUCUUUAUUUUGCCCAUUUCAUUUUAGGGUGCUGACAGUAGCAUUAACUAACAGUGCUUACAGGUGGGGUGGUAGAGGGACAAAGACUAGCCUAUUAAUUUGGUUGGUUUCUGCAGGUCUCGGUAGUGUAAAAUACACAUCAGCUUGAAGAGAGGAAACAGUUUACUGCUGACUAUUUUUAUGCAAUCUUCAAGAACUUGUCAGAUGAAUGGCUCAAAGUGUAUUCACACAAUUUAAUCUUUUCUUUCUUGCAACUGGUAGCCUGCUGUGCAAGGUGUAUUUGUAUGGGCACAGCAAACUAAAUGAAUAGCGUGCAGGCAAAUUGUUGCACCGGUGCUAAGCCCCAUUGAAGCCAGAGAGGCUCGACAAAGAGCAGUGUGCCCGUUCAAUAUCAAUUGCUGGCUUAGGACAGCAGGUAGAAAUAGUAGUGGAAAUCUUUCUCCUGAUCUUGGAUGUCUCAAUUUGCCUUCACAAGUGUGACUAGCUAUGGGAUGUGCUUGUUCCACCUUAGGAUCAUGCAUUGCCUAGGGCUGGUACUGUUGCAUAUAAAUCCUCUUAAGACACAUGAGUAUAAGUUACCACUGCCAAUAGCCUUUUCUAUUUUAAAAAAUUGUGUUCUUCCAUGACAGCUCCUCUUCUUGUUUCAGUGGAGUCAUGCUAUCUGCACUUCAUUAAUCAAAGUUAGAUAUCUUUGAAUUAGUUUUCUACUCCAUCCAUACAGUUGUAUUAGGGUUGAAUCACAAAGGGAAAACGGUUGUGCGUAUUGAGAAAACAGCUUGAGUAUGAAUUUUUGAAAUCAGUCUUCCAUUAAAACAAAGAAAAAAGUGCUAUUUUAGGUACUAGUUUGAGAUGACUAAUUCUGGCCUUGAUGUUUUUCAAUAAUUUUACAGGCUAUUGUUGAUAUUAAAGUCGCUUUACAAAAGACCUAAACAGAAAUGUUUUUCUCUGCUCUCUACUAUCAAACUAAUUAUCCCUCUUCAAAAAGCUAUGCUAGCAUUAUGAUUAAGCAUGUUGGUACACAGACUAAUGAAACUAAACAAAACAAAAAAAGGCCGCUUCACUCUUGUGUUAGAAGAAACAAAAAGUGACAGACACCUUUGGUAAAUAAAUUAUGUUGUUUUUCAAGUAUGUAAGGAAAUCACUACCAAUAAUUGAAAAUAAACCAUUAGUAAUAUGCUCAAGAUACCCUUGAUAGCAGCCUUUUAAAACACGAUAUUUAUCUAUAUAAAGUGAUAAAAAUCUGUGGUCUAAAAUUCGACUUCGAUUAUAUCAAUUUACAAAUUUGAUGUAAUUCUUCACAGGCUUUCUAGAAUACUUCAGUGCCGUAAUGUAAAGUCGGUGCUAGCAGCACAGCCCUUGUAACAAACCUUAGGGUUGUCCAGAUAUCUUGGUGUCAUUAAGGUUUCACAAAUAAUGGCCCAAAUAAUAAUUGAAAUACAGCAGGUGUUAUGAAAAGAAUAAAUAGACAUGUUAAAUACAAGGUACAUACUGUCUAUAUAAGAUAAUGGGGGCUGUAUAGUGAAACCUUUCUCGAGCUUCACUGUAGCUGUACUAGUAGAAAAAUGAUAAUUUUUCUCUCUUGACACUUUGUUUCAGAAAUACCAGACAUCAGUUUGUUAUGGCAAGUGUUCAUAAACAAAAUAUUAAAAAUACAAAUGGUAUUCCAGGCAAAUUCGAGUCUAGAAAAAGUAAGUGUGACAGGCAUGUGGUGAGUUAAUUUAUUCUGUUUCUUAUGUAAUUCUAAACAUAAUCCAAAAUGCCUGUGAGACACUUGUUUUCUUUUAAAAUUAGAAAUGCGUCCCAUGCAAAAUCCCAGAAUACCCCUGCAAACUUUGUCAUGGUCAGAUUUUGCCCUUGUCUGUUUACUGUUGAUUUUGGGGGGAAAUUUCAAUCAAAACUUCAACUGGAGCUCAUCUCUAACUUUCAUAAAUAAUAGACUGUAUCCUAGGAUUUCAGUAUUUAAUGAAAUAGUUUAUUUAAAAAUCCCAUGGGGUUUCCUUACUUUUACAAGAACUCCACAUUAUUUUUCCAAAUGCUUCCUGCAGAGAGAGCUCUUAGUCAAUAGGGUGGGGUGGUAGAAACUUCUAGUUUUCAAUUACCUCUAAUAUGGUAUAGUUAGGGGUCUGCUGCAAAUGGCUUUGCCACUGUUAAAAUAUUUGCUGGUUAUGGUUGUUUUUUUUAACCUUGUAAAUAAGAUAGAUUAACUAAUUGGCAUCUGAACACUACUUUGAAAUGCAUUUUUAAAAGCCAGUUUUCAGAGUAAGAAGGUGGGCAAAAACAACAUUCCAUGUUUCACAAUCAUUUGUGAGUUUAUGCACCAAGUUUAUUGUAGUUUGUUCAGCCAGUUUGUGUUCCUCCAGGACACAAACAAUUCAAGUUCUUGAUUUUUUUUUUAGCUCUAAUUAUUUUAAAAGCAUUUAGAAACCUGUAAAUUGGCUGGUCAUUAGUUCAUAGGAAUCAUGAAACAUUUUUCGUAGUUGGAGAGAGAAUGGUUUUCAAUUAAAAGAGAGACUUGGUUCUGCAAAGUGUUGGACAUUCUCGUGACAGAAAAACUCAAUAGCCUGAAAAGGAUUAUUUUAGUGUGGGUUUAUUUUAUUUUAUUUUAUUUUUUUACUGCUUCUAUGGAACUAAACAGUGAAGCACUCCAGCCCUGGUUUUUGAUACCAUAUUGACCUAGUUUUCAGAGCGUCUCUGGAAGUCUGGCAGUGAGAUAUAUUCCUUGUUUAUUGUGUUCACUUUGUACUCAUUGCUAACUUUUAUUUGCUCGAGCAUGUAACCUGAGCACUCAUUGUCUUUGUAAAAUUCUAAAGUUGUGUGUUGAAUUCAAUAAAUUUUUUAAGCAAAAAAAAAAAGUUGACAUUACCAGCUGUUUGAAUGCACCAUCUUGAGUCACAGAAAGCUUGAAGUGAUUACUAAAGAGGCCCUUCUAUACCUGUGUUCAAAACUGAAGAUUUUAUACUAAGUCAAAAUGGCAUGGAAAGAGUUGUUUCACAACAAGUUGAUGUUCAAGGAGGAAGGAUAUCCCAGUGAUUAGGGUGCUAGCCUAGGAAUGGAAUUGGAUCCAGGUCUGCCAAAGUCACCUAGUCUCUCUACAGCUCAGUCUGCAGGUGUAACAUGGUGAUAAUGGGUGUUGUGAGGAUAACUAUAUUAAAGAUUAAGAGGUGCUCAGAUAUUAUGGUAACUGGCCAUAGAUAUAGUCCUUUAGUUCUGUAAACAAAUACAUUUAUGUAUAAACUGCAUUAUCUUAUAAUACUUAAAUUUCUUCAUUUGUAAUGCUAUUUAUAAAAUUAUAAAGAUAAAUAUAGAACAAACAAGAAUCACUGGAUAUAUAAAUAUGUCUGGGGAUGAAUACAAUAUUCAGAAGUUGCUGCAGUUCAGUGUCAAGGAAAGGCAGUGCCCUGUCUCUGGAAUCCUGAAAGAGGAUGGCACAGAGCCUGGAACUGUUACUGACAAGUAAAGGACAUCGUCAUGUGGCAACCCUUUUUCAGAUCCCCCACUAUAAGAAUCUUACGAUUUGCUACAUAAUCCCAUGACUGUUCUAAUGCAGUUUAAGUAUUUGAGUGCCAAUGCAAGGAUCUAUGGAUCAGAUGUUUCAUCCAUGUUUAUAAAAAGUCCUACCUCCCCAUUAUCAUCAUAGUGUAGGCCUGGUAAGAACAAGUAUUGUGCAUUGGCUGAAGCAGACCACUUCUGGUAUGACCCAGGAA